AUGCGAUUUUCCUCCCUCCACCAGCUACGAUGUGCUGCACUACCCCCGCGUGCACGACACUUUACGAACGGCGAUGUUGUGCUCUUGCGCGAGGCCAAAGAGACUCAGGAUGGCCGCCUCGUGAAGCUGCAGGCGCCCAAGUCGACCGGUACACACAGGGGCGUCAUCAAGCAUGAAGAUGUGAUUGGGAAAGAGCCGCGCCAGAUUGUCCACUCCCACAAGGGUGCCUCCUUCCGCAUCCACGACCCUACACUGGCCGAGUACGUCAGACUGACUCCACGUCUUGUUACCCCAAUCUACCCUUCGGAUACGAAUCUCAUUGUGUCCCUGCUCGACAUUCACGUUGAUACUCCCUCCGUUAGCCCAAGCACCGAACCACCAUUCGAGAUACUCGAAGCUGGCACAGGCCACGGCGCCCUGACGCUGCACCUUUCCCGCGCCAUACACGCCGGAAAUCCGCCGAUUCCGAGAACACCUUCCUAUACAGCAACUGAGGAAGAUUCUGAAGACGCAGUAUACCUCGGCGAAUCUCUGUCAGACCUGCAAGAGUCAGGGCUCGAGUCAUGGAAACAGGCUCGUCGCGCCAUCAUACACACGCUGGACAUAUCUAGCAAGCAUUCCAAACACGCAAAGAAGAUUGUAGAAGGCUUCCGACAUGGCAUGUACGCGGGUAACGUCGACUUCCACGUGGGCGACGUAUCCGAGUGGAUAGCCAAACAAAGAGCCUCAAGGAAGACAGAAGAGCCCUUCUUAAGCCAUGUCUUCUUAGACCUCCCCAACGCGACUAGCCACCUUCCCAACGUCGCUCCCGCCUUGCACGCCAAUGGCUUGCUCGCUGUCUUCAACCCAAGCGUCACCCAGAUCGCCGAAUGUGUCCAAACCAUCCGCGAACAAAGACUGCCAUAUCUGCUUGAUCAAGUCAUUGAGCUUGGCGCAGGCACAAUUCGCGAGUGGGAUGUUCGCGCCGUGAAACCCAGAGCAUCCAAACAGGAUGCUCACACAAAGCAGCCCUCUGAACCCUCGACCGACGAGACCACGGAUUCAGAGUCAGGCCAAGCCGCACGCGACACUGAGCUGGCAGAAGAGUUGACCAAGGAAGACGACAAAUGGGUCAUGGUGUGUAGACCUAAGGUCGGCCACCAAGUUGUCGGAGGUGGCUUCCUGGGUCUAUGGAGACGUAUGGACAAGACUGGAGCGGCAUAGCUUGAAGAUAAAGAGAUCGUGGUCGUGGAGUGAAAAUACAAAUUAAUCCCACCAUCAGCUGCUUUUCGUCAGAUCCGUGAUAUACAGUUUCACUGCUUCCACACAUGCCGCCCACGCCUAGAGUCGUUCAAACUGAUGGUAACAUUUCUUUGCUUCUCAUUUUGGAUCCACGAAGCACCAUGACCAGCGAGAGCAACACAGCUACAGUGAGCCAAGAUGUACCUGUGCGGCUAAAGGAUCGGAGACAUGGGCCUGCGAAGAAGGUUGCGGGUCAGGGAGCUACAGCCUGGUUUCAAAGCUUCCGUGGAGAAAGUUAGUGCAGGCAUACAGGGGAAUAAAGAUGUUCGACCAGUGAUUCUCUGGAGGCUGUGGCGCUGCCGAGGGCGCUGCCAUUCCUUCUAUUGCGUCGAGUAGCUAGAUGUCCUACGAGCACCAUAAUAGCUAACCGGCAGGCAAGCACCAGUGGUGUUUUGAUUGUAGCUACUAUAUGACAAGAUACU